AUGGCAAAGAAGAAGAAAAGCAGCAAGAAACCGGUGGAGCCCGUUGCUCCACCUGACAACGUGCCAACGAAUGCUGCGGAACCAAUUCCUGAUGCGCCUGAAGCUCCAUUGACAGCAGAGGAAUCAGCCACAGAAGCAGAGUCCGGGGAGCAGUCCAUGCCAACCGCUUCCGAAGUGGAGCCCGACGAGGGUACGGUUCCCACGCUGGUGGACGAGUCCACAUCUGCACCCUCACAACACCCUGAGACCAUAGAGACUAUACCAGACGAGGCUGCAGAGGCACCGGCCACUGAGAUCAUACCCGCUGCAGAGCUAGAUCCACCUAUGGGGGAAGAGCAGGAAUCUGGGUCGCCAGCGGAUACUACCGAGGCCGUGGAGUCAGAGAUUGCCGGGCAAAGCGCUGAAGACAUGCAUCAUACUACAGCAGAAGAUGAAGAGUCAUCGGUUAUUUGGGUUGGAGACGCGCACGACCCAGAACCCGAUGCAGAGCAGCAAAAUACUCCGGAGGAACAGCAGCCCCUACAACUAGACGAAGAGUCCACACCCCAGCCAGACCCUCUUCCAACUCAAGAUUCUAUUGAACCAGCAGACACGCCGGUUGAAGACACACUCCCGCCACAAGAAUCUACAGCGGAGCUAGCGCCUGAAGCAGAACCUGAAGUAAUUACUCCCACCGCGGAAGAAGCUAUCGAACCGAUAGACCAGAUGGAUGGCGGUCUUAAUGAGAACGGAGCUGAGCAAGAUCUGGCGGAGACAGUCGAGGUACCAGAGGCACCAGGGGCACCAGAGGUAAUGGAAGCACCUGAAGUACCAGAGGCGCCGGAAGUGCCAGAGGCACCCGAAGCUCCAGACACACCCACAGUACCAGAAGCUCCAGAGGCUCCAGAGGCACCUGAAGUGCCAGAAUUACUAGAGGUACCUGAAGCUCCCGAAGCUCCCGAAGCUACCGAAGCGCCGGAAGCACCAGAGGUAUCGCAACCGCCAGAAGCUGUCGAAGCGCCAGAAGUACCAGACGCACCCGAAGCACCCGAAGCACCAGGGGUACCAGAGGAACGAGAAGUCCUAGAAGCGCCAGAGGCUCCCGAAGUACCUGAGGUACCAGAAGCGCCUGAAGUACCAGAAGCACCGGAAGUACCAGAAGCGCCAGAAGCGCCAGAGGCCCCCGCUGCACCUCUGGCUCCAUCAGUGGUGUCAGUUGGGAGUGAUGAGGACGACAUCAUUGAAGCUUUUACAGUCGAGGAUCUAUCAGCACCGGAACCAGAGCCUGAGGCCCUUCCAAUAGCAGUCGAACGGUCGGUGGAGGUCGGGCUACCAGAUGCGCCUGUCGAAGGAAUAUCAGCACCAGAAGCCCAUGAGACAAUCACACAACCUGAGUCUAUUCCCGAGACUUCGUCUACAGAUGCCCACAUUGAGCCGAUAGAAGAGCUCGUCGUAGCUGCCCAAGACGAAGUACCAAGACAGCAUGCCGACCAAGAGCAAGAGCGGCUUGAGGCCGAAGCAGCGGCCGCUGCUGAGGCUCAACAAUCCGCCGCGCUAGCGCAGGCCGCCCAAUUCCAGGAAGACGCACAGCGAGAAGAACUGAAGAGAUUAGAGCAAGAAGCGAUCGAGCACGAGAGGUUAGCGAAGGAGGCCGAGACCAACAGACUACUGGAGGAGCGACGCGCAAGAGAGGCCCAAGAAGAGCUGGAAGCUGCCGAAGCCGUGAAACGGGCUCUAGAAACCAUGAGAGCCAAGAAGGAAGAGCAGCAUAAGGAGACCGAGAGGCUCGAACAAGAGCGACUGGCCCGUGAAAGGCUCGAGCAAGAGAAGUUAGAGCAGAUUGUCGAAGCGAGGAAGCUUCUGGCAUUAAUGGAAGAAGAACGGAGGGCCGCAGAGAUCCAACAAGAGGCCGAAGCCGCUGCAGUCGCCGAAAAGGCUCGGAAAGAGAAGGAAGAGGUCGAAGCUGCAGCUGCUGCCGAACGUGCUCGACAAGAGAAGGAAGAACUCCGGCAGGAACAAUUACGACGUGAGAGAGCCGAAGAGGCUCGAAUUGCUAGGAAAGCCCGAGCAGCUGCAGAUGUCCUUGCGGAAGAGCAGAGAGAGGAAGCAGAACGGUUGGAACGGCUGGCCCAGGACGAGUCACGUGAGCAAGCCGAGAUACCAUUCAUCGCACGUCGAUCCAUGAUCGAAUCAGCACGUGCUCCGUCACCUCCUUCGGGAGUACCUGACAUGCACGAUCGUUCUCCAGUCUCUGAUCGACCAUUUCGAUCGUAUCGAUCUUUCGCGCCACAUGCACCGAAGCUUAGAACACACGAAGCGGGUCCAAACCAUGCACCGAAGCCUUAUGCUGUGGCACAGCUCAUUGAGGAUAACAGACCUGCGGCCCCGAGCCCGCCAAUGAGUAAAGCUCGACCAAGGGAGGACCUGCUUCGUCGGCAAACUGCUGAGCAAGAGCAGAAACUCCGCGCAAAGGAUGGUGAGAUUGGUGAGCUGAAGCAGAAGAUUCGCAACUUGGAAGACAGGCAUUCAGCCGAGGCAACCAGACUACACUUUCAGAUCGGGAAUCUGGAAGAGCAAGUCAGAGAGCUCCGAGAGCUGAUUGCUGAAACCAAGAAAGCUAGAAGAGACGCCGAAGAGACCAAGUUGGUACUGGAUGCAGCCAUGAGGUCGUGGGAGGACAGGUACAAAGAGCUGGAAGAUGUGCAUCGCACGCUCGAGAGGACCUCUGCCGAGGAGAGGGAAAGAGCAUGGAGAGAUUUCGACGAAUGGAAGGAGGCCACGAACACGAAACACGAUGCGGAGAAGAUCGCCCUUGCUAUCCAAUUCGACAAGAAGCUGAAGCAAGCUGGGCAAGAUGCUGCCGAGGCGGCUGAGCUCAGGGCUCAGCUCCAAGCAGCUCUUGACCGAGAGCAAGAACUCAUCAGGGAGCGCGACGACCUUCAGAAGAUGCGAGAAGACUCAGAUCGCCGGGCUGGGGAAGAAGCAGCGAGAGCCGAUCAACUGGCGAGAGAGAAGGAUGAGCUGAUGAACUCGUUCGACCAACUCAGAGCCGAGAGUCAGAGGGAGAAGGAGGUCAUCAGAAGCGUUGCCAGCAACCUCGAGUCGGAGAAGUCUAGACUUGAGAAGAUGAUGGAAUGCUAUGGUGACAUCGCCGAGAUCAAGAGCAAGGGCGACAGCUAUUAG